AUGCUGCUGGGUUCUUCAGCGCGGAUGCUGCGGCCAGCGAUCAAGGCCCUCGGGGGUUGCGCGGCCGAGAAGUUUUCCUGCUCGCCGGCCGGGAGGAAGGUGUACCAGGUGAAAGGCCCCGUGGACUUCGAGGCGAAGGUCCUGAACAGUGCCGCCCCGGUGAUUGUGAACUUCCACGCCGACUGGUGCGACCCGUGCAAGAUCCUGUCGUCGAAGUUGGAGGAACUGGUCCGGGCGCAAGACAACGUGGACCUUGCCGUGGUGGACGUGGAGAAGAACCCCGAGCUGGUGCACACGUUUGAGGUGAAGGCUGUGCCAGCCGUGCUCGCGAUGAGGAACGGCUUUGUCGUCGAUAAGUUCAUUGGCCUCAUGGACGCCGAAACAAUAGAGUCGCUCAUACAUAAACUUGUCAACAAACUAGAUACUUAG